UUCCUUCUUAAACAAAUAUAUGUUAAAUUUGCUGAAAUAGUCUGUCUGUUUAAAAUUUAUGAAACUCUUUGAAAAAGACAAAUAGUAAAUGAUUUUUUCCACAUCAGCAAAUGGGUUAAAUAUGUAAAAAUAAUCUACAAUUAAUGCCAGUAUUACAUGUAUAAAUAACAACAGAAAUUUCUCCACCAAUAUAAAUGUGAACUAAUAACCACUGCAUCAGCACUAGAACCGAGUCAAUUUACUUGCACCAGCCAACAUGUUAAAUGGGAACUGUUUGAUUUGCAUGGUCAUAUAUAAGCCACUCUCACGUAAAAUACAAGAGACUGUUGCUUGCAGCAGAGAGUGCAACAAUGAAUGUCACAAAUGAAUUAGAUGAAACCAAACUACUGAAUAUCGUAGUACCAUUGCUGUUGGUGGAAUUUGUUCUUGGCUCAAUUGGGAACGCCAUUGCUUUGUGGAUCUUCUGCUUUCGGAUGAAACCUUCAAAACCAAGUAUUGUUUAUUUGUUUAACCUGACUCUAGCUGACUUUCUUUUGAUGUGUUGCUUGCCAUUUCGACUGGCUUACUAUGUGAACGAAAAGAACUGGAUUUUUGGGGACGGUGCUUGCCGUGUGCUAUUAUUUAUGGUGUCUUUGAACCGAGCAGGAAGCAUUGCUUUUCUCACUCUUGUCGCAUUAGAUCGCUAUUUCAAAGUAGUUCAUCCGCAUCAUAAACUGAACUCUCUAUCUCAAGCACAUGCAAUAAUUGGAGUGACUCUUAUCUGGGCUAUGAUGAUAGCAAUGACCUCGUACCUUCUCUUUGAAAGUCAUGUGUUUAAGCAGAAUAACCUUACAUUCUGUGAAAGUUUCAACUUGUACAAUCCUUCAAAUGUUGGUGCAACAUGGCAUGAUGUUUUGUUUGUUGUUGAGUUUGUUGUACCACUGGCUGUCAUCCUCUAUUGUACUUACUCAAUCGUUUCAAGACUUCGGCCCACAAAAAAUGAAAUCAGAAGAAAGUUCAUGAAGGCUAAACGUGUCGUGGUGGCUGUGGCUGUGGUGUUUGUACUCAGUUUCCUGCCCAGCAACGUUGGAAGAAUUGUUGUACUGUUGAUGCAACCAAAGAAGGCUAAAGCUAGCAAGGAAUACUGGGCAGCAGUUGAGGGCUUCUACGUUACACUCUGCCUAACCUACGUCAAUAGCAUGCUUGAUCCAAUUGUCUAUUAUUUCUCAAGUUCAAAAUUUAAAAACAUUUUACACCUAAAGCAUUCAAAAUAAGCUGGAAAUGAUCAAUUCUCAAAACGCACCUGGCAUUUCUACCACUAACAGCAACCAGUUCAGACAAGGAGAAAAGAUCAGAAUUACGUCAUAUUAUGACAACUGGCACUUAAACCGGUUUAAAAGAAAACUUUAUGCAAACCUCUGGGAGGCUGGUAGCAGGAAGGCAACAGAGUGCAUACACCCACUGAAAAUGCAAGAAGAUCUGCUGAACAUUGGACAAUGGGAGUGAAUCGAAUGUAACUGAACUGGGGAGUUGCCUUACUAUGCUGUACCAUUGUCAAUUUCCACCCAUCUCAUAACCAACAAGUGGUCAGAGAAGUCGCAGUAUCUUAAGCUACUGUUCAUGGUGAUAUAUCUUUCCUUGCCUUCUCUGGAUCAUACAAGAUCCUCAAGUGCUUGCAUUUACAAAUAAGUAGUGUUUGCAAUAUUAAUUGUUCAUUGUAAUAUGCUUCGAUUUUUUUUUAAAAUGUGCUCAUUUGGUUUUCAAAACAGAAAUAAAAUAAACAUCCCAUUAACCAAUAUCUGAACAAAAUAAAUG